GGGACGGGACGGGAGCGGCGCGGAACGACGAGGUGCGGAGCGCUCCCGGGCACGUCCAGCGUGAGCCCCCCCGCGCCCAGCCCGCCCCGCACCUGCCGUCCCGUAUGCGCGGCUCCCGGUGCAGCGCUGCCGCCGAGGAGCCCUAGGCAAAAGCAAGCCCCCGCCGCCCGCCCGGGGGGCUGCUGGAGGGGAGGGGAGGGAAGCGGGGGGCCAUGGGGGUGGCAGGCACCGAGCUGCCCGGCGGCAACGUGAGCGCCAACCAGAGCGCCGCCGACCCCACGGUGUCGCGGGACGUGUGGAUGGUGGGCAUGGGGAUCCUCAUGUCGGUGAUCGUGCUGGCCAUCGUCUUCGGCAACGUGCUGGUGAUCACUGCCAUCGCCCGGUUCCAGCGCCUGCAGACUGUCACCAACUACUUCAUCACCUCGCUGGCCUGCGCUGACCUGGUGAUGGGGCUGGCCGUGGUGCCCUUCGGCGCCAGCCACAUCAUUAUGGAAAUGUGGAAGUUUGGGAACUUCUGGUGUGAGUUCUGGACCUCCUUGGACGUGCUCUGCGUCACGGCCAGCAUCGAGACCCUCUGCGUCAUUGCCGUGGACCGGUACUUUGCCAUCACCUCCCCUUUCAAGUACCAGAGCCUGCUGACCAAAAGCAAAGCACGUGUGGUAAUCCUCGUGGUGUGGGUGGUCUCAGCCCUCACCUCCUUCUUGCCCAUACAAAUGCACUGGUACCGGGCAGACCGUGAGGAGGCCAUCCUGUGCUACGAGAAGGACACAUGUUGUGAUUUCUUCACCAACCAAGCCUACGCCAUUGCCUCCUCCAUCAUCUCCUUCUACCUUCCACUCGUGGUCAUGGUGUUUGUGUACGCCAGGGUCUUCCAGGUGGCCAAGAAGCAGUUGCAGAAGAUAGACAGGAGCGAGGGGAGGUUUCACACCCAGAACAAGGAGCUGGAGCAGAAAGGGGGAGCUGGGCACCGCCGUUCCUCCAAGUUCUUCUUGAAGGAGCACAAGGCCCUCAAGACCCUGGGCAUCAUCAUGGGCACCUUCACGCUGUGCUGGCUGCCCUUCUUCAUCGUCAACAUCGUGCAUGUCAUCCAGGACGACAUCAUACCCAAGUACGUGUACAUCCUCUUGAACUGGCUGGGCUAUGUCAACUCUGCCUUCAACCCUUUGAUCUACUGCCGGAGCCCGGACUUCAGGUAUGCCUUCCAGGAGCUCCUGUGCCUCCGCAGGUCCGCCCUGAAGAUGUAUGCCAACGGCUACUCAAACAGCAACGGCAAGAGCGACUACAACGAGGAGCACAACGGCUACCCCCUGGCAUCGGAUAAAACCUGCGAGUUGCUCUGCGAAGAGGGCUCCUUCCCUCACCCCGAGGACUUUUUGCACUGCAAAGAGAUCCCUGGGUGUCCAGGAAUGGUGGAGAGCUGAAUGGGCUGACCUCUCUUCCUCACCAUCCUGAGCUCAUGAGGGCUCUGAAGAGAUUGAGUGAGAGCAUGGCCUUGCUUCUCUGAGCCUGGGGAUGCUGUGGGAAGUGAUUGCCUUGGCAAAUGUCUUCAUCCCAACCCAUAGCCCAUCGUGCAUCACCUGAAGGAGAAGCUGAUGAAGGAUAACCAGAGGACCAGGAAAGGCUCUACUAGCCUCGGAGGACACAGGUGGGGGACCGGCACUAAGAGAGGCACUUUGCAGUAGUCACUGCGUGUGAAACCGGCUCUGGAAAGGAGCUACAGGAGCUCUGUCAACUGAAGGAGGUGAAUAUCCAAAUCACCACAAAAGGUGCAGAGGGUUUUCCCUGGCACAGCAUCCUCAGAAAGCACUUUCAAAAGGGAAGGGGGGUAUCAGGACCACGUGGCUGUCUCCAGUGGCUGGUUUGGAAGAGGCACAGCAAGGUCACCGCCUUACGGCCAGGUCAGGAACCCAGCAGGACAUGCUCACAGCCACCUGCCCACAUGCCGGCUGGGGCUCCAGGCGGAACAGGAACCCGACCACGACCGAGAGAGAAGGAGCGUGGAAGAUUGCUUUGACUUAUUCUGUGCUUGUUUCUCCUUCUGGUGUCUUCUCUGUCUACCUCUUUUUCUCUCUAGGACUACGUGUACCACGUGCGGGGCCCAGACCCUCACCAACAGGCAGCAGUAUUAGCCCAGGACAAACCCUGCCCAGUGCACGACCGUGCUGCCCAGUGCAGGGCUGUUGUUGGACGGGGCUGACAUUGCACAGUACAGACGUGGCGUGGCCUUCCCUUGCUCCUUUAUGCCAACAAAUCUGCAACUGUAAUGCCUGGACUUCAGACAGGAGAAAGGUUUGAAGCUGGCAAUCCUGUUACUUGCAAGAAGUCGCAUGCUAGCCACACUUGGGAGCCAAGUUUUAACACCUGAGCCCCAAAACAUUAUAGAGCAGCCGUCCCUCUCCUGUAGCUGUGAAAUGGCCGUGCCGGCAGGCUGCACACUCGGCUCCUGCAUCUUGGAUUGUGAAAAGGUCGUUCAGCAGAGAAAGAGACAGAGAUGGCGGGAGCGACAGGGGCUCAGGCAGAAAAUAGUAGGAAAAACUGAUUCAAAACCAUAGGACAAUGUGGUGUCCCAGCUGCGGACCAUCGUGCCCAGCUGGGCAGCUGCAGGUCUCCGUUCACCCAGCUGCUCCCAGAGGCCUGGGCAAAACGUGCUGGUACCGAACUGUGCCGGGAGCCCCAUCUCAGACCUUCUCCCUCGGGCUGCCAGCUGCAAACCCCCCCUCUUCCCUCAUGUGCAAUUGUAUUUAUUUAUUUAUUUUCUUGCUGCUUGAUGCAAAGCUGCUAACAGAGCACCCUCCCCGCAAACAUCCGCAGCCGGGAGAGGAUGGAGAGAGGGAUGCGUGCCGUGUCUGCGCGAGGGGAGUGGGCAAAGGGCAGGUGCGUGCUUCGAGGGGGCCGGAUCCAGGCACACGCAGGGGGGGGUGCCUGUGAGAGAGGAGGAAAAGGCUGCAGUUGAACCAGAAAUACUUUCCCUGCGGUGAACGUGCGAUUUUGAUCUUUCAGGAAUUAAGAACGGGCUGGGCAAGCCUUUGUUGGGCAGGACAGCAGCGUAGCAGAGGGCUGCAUAAGCUCUGCAGUGCCCCUCUGGCCAGAUUUUCCCCGUGCAGGGUAUGUGUCUCUGUGCAAGUUGCUUGCCCAGAUCGCAAGGUGCUUGCCUAGAUAGCAAGGUGCUUGCCCAGAGCUCCCAGCUGUCAUGAAGCAAAAUUACUGUGUGUACAUCCCGGCUUUGGACACUCGCAGGGGGCCGUAUGCCCAGCCAGGCAAGUUCCCACCAGAGGUUUAAUACCUGUCAGCCUUUUCUGCUGUGUCCAAAAGAGAUAUCCGUGCACAGACCCAUUUAACGCAGCCACUUUGAGACGGGCAGACACGAGCCUCUCUAGGCAGCGCUGUAACGGUUCAUGCUCAGCCUUGGCUGUUCCGACCCAUUUUGCUAAAAAACUGUCAGCAUCUGCUCAUGGUCAGGUAUCCCGUUUUAUGGAAAGCCUGCAUGUCCUAGCGCAGAGGGGCACCAUUUCUCUGGGACAGGGGGGCUCUCCCCUGCCCCGCUGUUCUCCUGCAGCUCCCACGCUCAGGAUGGGGACAGGGUGCCCAGGCAUCCCUUGGCAGGGCUCCCGGCUGCUCCAGGGGAGCCUGGCUUCUCCCAUACCCUUCCCUCUGAGAUGCCCCACCAAGGCUUUGUCCAAACCUGCUGAAUGGAAAUAUUUCCCAACCAAAACCUGUUCCUCAGGAGAUUCCUGGCUGGCUCUAGUCACUUAUUUUGUACUGGAAACACUGCCGUUGGGAUUAGUUUUCAGGUUAAAGACACGCAUGGGAUCGUUGUAGUUCUUUUUCUCACAAAUCCUCUCGUGUGCGAGAGCAGGUUGCAGUAAGUGAAAUGGAUACACUUGCUCUGAUAACGUGCCAGCGUGGCCCAAAAGCAGUGACCUGCUUAUUGCUGAUUGCUUCCUUGCAGAGUUGUAAGAGUUGGAGACAGAAGAGAUGUGUUACAAAUCCAUCUGCCUAUGACCCUUCAGGCUCGUUCCAUGUAUUACAUUUACCGGUGGUGUGCUGGGUCUAUUUAUAAAUGCCCUGACACCAGGGUUCUUGUGCUGUCCUUUGGGAGAUUGCUCUGUAUCCAAGUCAGGAGCUGCUACUAGUAUUCCACCUGCAUUUCCUCCUGAAAACUUCAUUCCAUUAUUCCUAGUGAUGCUCUUCAAAUACCUGCUGCUCAUGAUGUCCCGGUCAGUCUCUACCACUUGACCUGUGCUCCUCUUUCCUCCUCCAAGAACCUCUCUGGCUCCCUGAUCGCUGCUGCUCCCUGUCUUUUCCGUAGCUCGGCACAGAAUGAGCCGGUUUGUUAAUUCAGCUGGUUUGUCAGGGAUCCCUACCCACUGGUGGAGCAGCCGGGAUCUCCGGCAAUGCCCGGUCUCCCCAGUGGUUGUGGAGCUGCUCUCCCUCAUUGCAAAGCACGUGGGAUGCAGGAACGGGGCAGGCACAGAGAUGUGUCUGAAAGCGGACCCGUGUGGCAAUGAGCACAAUGACCCGUGUGGCAAUGGAGCCAGCGCCUGCUGGGGACAGCACGUGGCAAAGUCUCCAUCCCAGCAAAGCCCAGGCUGAGCAAUGGAGGCGGGUGAUGCUCCAGUAUCACCUGCGCAGCUGUACUGGGGAUCGGUGGGGGGCAGAGGCAGGGAGCUAUGGUCUGUCCUGCCUGGAAAUCGUAUCCGUGAGCUGGGGCCGCAGCUCCGCAGGGAGGGAGCCCCCCGAGCAGCGCGGGGGCUCGGCAGGCUCAGGGACACGUGGAGCGCUUGCUUGGGGAGUCUUUGUGUACAGCUCGGCUGGAGCACCGUUGUGAUUGUAAAAGAGCUCUGUUCUUCUCACCGAACAAAUUGUUCCUACAAAUAAAAGAAUGAA